CGAGCCGCGACGGGGCCCGAGGCCCCGGCCGCCUGCCGAAGCCCCGAGAGGCGCGCGCCGCGCCCGCGGCAGCCAGCCGCAGGGGCCCGCCAUGGGAACCACAUCGGAUGACACGCAGGGUAGCGACGACAGCGCGAGCUUUGCGUCACUGCUGAACCAGAUCGGAAAGAAGCACCUUCACGACAUUGAGGACUGCAAUCGACGGCUGGCAGCUCUGCAGAAAGAGAACGCGAGCUUGGACAAGCAAUUGAAGGCGCUGCAGCGCGUCCGCGCCUCCCUGGGGGCGACCGCCUGCGAGCAGGACGCGCUGCCCGGCGCCGUGGAGGUCUCCCGGGGCGCCUCCCCGGGCUCGGCGGGCGACACCGAUGAGGAAAGCGCCGUCGAGAUUGCGACCAGGUUGCCGUCAAUCCUGCGCAGGC